UUUCGUCCGGCGUUCGUCUGACUUGCAGACGUCGACGGACGUGUUUCCAGGUGAAAGCGGCGACUGAUCACGGCGCGCUCAGAUUCAGUUUCGCGCGCGCCCCAAUCGGUUCGUCGGCGAGCUGCUUCUUUAUAUUUUUUCUCUCUCCUUCAUUCUUUUUCAUUUGUUUCACUAAGCCUACCCUUUCUCAUUCCCCCGAACGGGAAGCUAUAAGCAUCCACCUUCGACACCACGCUGAUACACUCAGAUCCUCGUUGACUCUGUGAUUAAGAGGAACUGUAAGCGACGCUGGGGGGAGCAGGACUUGCCGACAUCCUCCGGAGAUCUACUCUUCCGCGGCAUCGCGCUUAAGAACUAUUCGCUGAUUGGACAGCGUGUGUGGUCUGCAAGGAUCCAACUGUGCAGUUAAUUACGCGUGCAUUCGUGAUCGUGCUAAUUGCGAGUGGGGAGUCUUUAUCUGUGCCAGUGGUGGACUUCGGUGUGCGACAAACGGACCUUGUGAGAACCUGCAUACAGCGGUCUCCUCCGGCGCUCUUCUUCAUCUGCGUCUUCUUCAUCGAGCACUUUUUCAUCGCGUUGCAGAGUUUCACGUCGCUUCGAGCAAAGCUUUGACGGCUUCCGACUUCGGGUGCGACAACCUCUUUUACCGCGACUUGCGCAACAAGCCCGGCUCCGUGACCAAAGGUGCCGUCGACAAUCAGCUCCCGAUUUCGACUUCGUCCUGAUGUCCUAACCCGACCACACCGGUGAAGAGAGACUACGCCUUCAGACGGUGCAGUAUGAAUCCUCAAGAUUGUGCACGUUAUGGCGUCCAUAGGCCGUCAUUCACGCAGACCGGCUUCAACGACACGUACCUCCAACUGCCCAAACACAAGACGGCACCUGGCGACGUUCUGAAGCGCAUCGGCAAGUCCCAAUGCAACACCCGUCACCUGAAGCAUUCGGCGCUGAGGCUGCUGCCCGUGUUCGGGUGGCUGCGGACGUACCGCGUCAAGGAAUACCUGCUCGCCGAUGUGGUCACCGGAUUCACCGUCGCCAUGUUUCAAGUCCCACAGAGUUUGGGUUACACUCUUCUGGCGUCUGUGCCUCCUGUUUUCGCCCUGUACAACGCAAUGUUCCCCAUGAUGAUAUACAUCAUACUGGGCACUGUCAGGCAAGCAUCUGUUGGUGCGGACGCCAUCAUGUCCAUGAUGACGGGAGGCAUCGUUCGAGAACUCAUCUCUGGUGACACCGGCGGUCAUCACCCCAUGGUCGGCACACACAAUGGCACGCACGCUGGGCAGUACACCGUGACGCAAGUAACUUCUGCGCUAUGCUUCACCAUAGGCAUUAUACAGCUAGCAUUCGGCUUUCUAAGCCUCGGCACGUUGAACGUCUUCCUCUCGGAACAAAUGGUUAACGGCUUCGCAACCGGCGUCGCCGUCCAGGUGGUCAUCAGCCAGCUGGGCUCCAUCUUCGGGAACCACGUGCCGCACAUGAGCGGAAUGUUCACCAUAUACAAGACGUUGUACGCCUUUUUCGAGCACAUCCACGAGGUGGCGUGGCAGACGACUGUCGUGGCCUUCGUCGCCAUCAUUGUCAUCAUGGUGGUCAAGCUAUUCCUCGAUCCCCCCGUCAUCCGCAGGCUCGGAAUCCCGCUACCCAUCGAACUCACCGUUGUGGUACUAUUCACUGUCGGGUCCCACUUCCUGAAUCUCCGAGAAAACUACGGCGUUGAAGUCGUUGGGACCAUACCAGAAAAGUUGCCCGAGCCCACUCUUCCCAGCUUCAACACGCACCUCAUAGCGAGCAUCCUACCCGAGUCGUUCGCCUUGGCCAUCGUCAGUUUCGCCAUCACUCUGUCGCUGGGAAGGAUCUUCGGCCAGAAGCACGGCUAUUCCGUAGACGCUAAUCAGGAGUUCCUCGCCCUCGGAGCAAGUCAUGUGUUCUCGUCGUUCUUCUCCUGCUUCCCAAUCGCCGCUUCGGUGCCUCGCAGUGCUGUUCAAGAGGGCGCUGGUGGCAAGACUCAGAUUGUGAGCGUGGUGAACAUCGUCAUCAUUGUCCUCAUGGUUCUCUUCCUCGGUCACUACUUGGAGGAGCUGCCUAUUUGCGUCUUGGCGGCCAUCAUCGUGACGUCGCUGAAGAAAAUUGUCAUGCAGGUUCAGGACUUCAAGCGCUACUGGGACAUUUCGAAGAUCGACGGACAAGUGUGGAUGGUCUCUUUUGGCGCCACCGUCAUCUUCGACGUCAUUACUGGACUGGCCAUUGGCGUCGGCUUUUCGCUUCUCACUCUCAUCUACAAGAUUCAGAGGCCAAAGACGUUCCUCCUUGGCUCGGUGGCUGAUACUGAGUUCUUCGUGCCCAUCAAGAAAUACCAGAUGGUUGACGAGGUUCCCAAGAUCAAAAUCUUCCAUUUCGGGGGACCUGUUCACUUCGCCAACACGGAAUACUUCAAGGAGCAGCUGAACAAGAAGAUUGGCUUCACUGUCAGAGACGUGCUGAAAGCCCGGAAACGAGCCCAGAAGGGAUCCACUUGCAAUAUCGCCAACCUAGUCAAGGACUCGCCGAUGCUGGGCGCUGAGUCCAAGAACGCCUCGUUGAACUGCAGUGUGGCCGCGGACCUAUGCUCGCUCAAGUCGAGCAACAGUUGCGUCGCCGAAAUGCUCGCCCUACCCAGCCACAUCAUCCUCGACUUCUCGCGCGUGUCCUUCAUGGACGGAUCGAGCAUCGCCCUUCUCAAAUCGCUAAAACGAGAUUACGACUCCGUUGAUGUCAAGCUCUUCAUUGCUGCGUGUUCCGACUCUGUCUUCGACUUCCUACGCAAGGCGGACGCAGUGGAAUUCCUCGGUUCAGACGCUUUCUUCCCGUCCGUUUUCGACGCUGUGCAGGCAGCCCAGCAUCCCAACAAGUUCAUCGGAGCCAUUCCCGAGCCGCCACCCUCCAUCGUCGAACCAGAGCCCGACGCAGUAUCUGUAGACACUCACCCUGAAGUUUCAGAAUUUCUUUGAAAGAGAUUCCCAAGUUUACAAGCAGCAGUCGUGACGUCACAUCUCGCUUUUGCAUUUUUGUAAAUAUUUGUAAUAAACAUCCCUACAUGUUUUAGUAUUUAUUCACCAAUAGAAUUGGUCUCUUUCUGCA